AUCUCUUGCAAAACAUCGUUGAUCGAUGUUUAAGUCAACACAUGUGUUAAAUAAAUGGUGCAAGUGUGUAAAAAAAAAAUCAAUGAAAAUCUCGGUGCUCUACAUAUAACCGUUUAAUAACUAUCAGAUCAAUAAAACAAAAAAAAAAAAAAAAGAGAAACAAGAAGAAGAAGAAGAAAACAAAAAUAUCUCAUUCUUAUUUAAUUCAAAAGAAAACUUUUUAGUUCUACUGAAAGCAGAAAAAUUCUGAACAAACUUUUUGAAAAUAAAUAAAAAAAAAAGACUUGUUUCUCGCACUUCGCCAUCUCACGAAAUCAGAACACAUAUUUUAUUUCUUUUCAUUUUUUGUUUUGUUUUUUUUUUUUUUUUUUUUUGGAAAGAAAUUAAUUAUAUCGGAUAUUAUUAAUCAACUUUAAAGCAAGAAGAAACAAAAUCCCCAUCAGACGCUAUGCCAAACGAAAACAAACGCAUUCAGGUGCCCGAUGAGUUGCGAGAAGUUUUGUUGGAAUUUUCAAUUUCCUUCUUGUUGGAGCAACCGGCUGAUGUUGUCGAUUUUGCCGUUGAUUAUUUUACAAAACUUCAAGCAGAUCGUAAACUUGCUGCGGGAACCCAAGAGGGCAAUGGUGAAGAGGCUAAAGGCGGCGACUCGUUAGAGGAAGAGGAGGACGACGAAGAACCCCAAGCUCGCUCUUUUGCUGUGCGACGCAAGUCAGUGUUUGCCGAGUCUUAUGAUCCAGAAAAUGAUGCUGACGAUGAUGAGGGCGCCACUGCCAUCUUCCCUAAAUCAGAUGAACAGCGCGCACGUUUAAUAGAAUCUGUUAAACAUGUAUUAUUAUUCCGCUCCUUGGAACAGGAACAGAUGAGUCAAGUAUUAGACGCUAUGUUUGAACGUAGAGUAACGCCUGGCGAACUUAUUAUACGUCAGGGAGAUGAUGGUGAUAAUUUUUAUGUUAUUGAAUCUGGUGUCUACAAAGUUAUAGUAAAUGAUAAUCACAUUCAUACAUACAACAAUAGCGGCAUUUUUGGUGAACUAGCUCUACUCUACAACAUGCCACGAGCUGCAACUGUACAAGCCGAAACGGAGGGUCUCUUAUGGGCAAUGGAUCGUCAAACGUUCCGUCGUAUACUAUUGAAAUCCGCUUUCAAAAAGAGAAAAAUGUAUGAAUCUCUACUGAAUAGUGUGCCAAUGUUGAAAGCUUUGCAGAACUAUGAGCGCAUGAAUUUGGCCGAUGCUUUGAUUAGUAAACGUUACACCAGCAGUGAAAGAAUCAUUAAACAAGGUGAUGUGGCCGAUGGUAUGUACUUCAUUGAGGACGGUACCGUGGUUGUUAAAAUGGAUCAGGAAGGUUCGGAAAUUGAAAUUUCCCGCCUCUCAAAAGGCGAAUAUUUUGGUGAAUUGGCUUUGGUUACACAUCGACCACGUGCGGCUUCCGUCUACGCUGAAACUGACGUUAAAGUGGCAUUCCUAGAGGUUGAGGCAUUUGAGCGUUUAUUGGGUCCGUGCAUGGACAUCAUGAAACGGAAUAUUGAUGAUUAUGAAACGCAAUUGAUAAAAAUCUUUGGCAGCAAAAAUAAUAUCACCGAUACGCGAUAAAAAGUCUGACAAAAAAUAAAACAAAAACAAAAAACGAUUAUAAUAGAAGAACAACAACAAUAAUAAUAAUAAUAAUAAUAACAACAACAACAUCAACAAUAAUAAUAAUCAUAUUUGCAACACAAAACAUUGCACAAACAAACUUAUAUACAUAUGCAUAGAAAUUUAUGAGAACGUAAAUAAGAGGCGCAAAAA